AUGCCAGAUCAGGUUAUCAAGUGGCACAGAAUCCUCCUCUGUUGUGCUACCUGUCUGGAGAAUUACCAAGCAGAAGCUACCACGCACCCAAAGCUUACGGUAGGCUGUUAAAAGUGUUGAUAGUACUGGCCUUCUUCCUUAUCCCAGGUAGAGAGAGAGGACUGCUUUAUUUUGAAAAUGACUUUCAAAACUUUCAGCAAAAACGGUUCUCCAGUACACAGUGAUUACCAUAGAGAUUGACAGGUUUUUGGACAGACAGGUGGACAUGAUUAUGUAUGAAGAAAAAAGGACUUUAAGGUGCAAGAUCGUGUUUUAGUUUUUGUUUUUCAACAUCUUUGCAGGUGAGAUACCGGGCUAGAAAUGGCAGUAUGGAAUUCCGAUAGGCCGAAGUGCGGCAAGGGAUGUGGCGGAAGCAUCGACGCGUGAGGCGUAAGGAUUUCGCAGCCAUUAACUCAUUAUGAAGGGGAUGGACGGUGUCAUUCAGAAUUCGGUCAGCGAAUUGCUCCACCGAGUUGAAGUGUCGCUGCACGAUGAUAUCAACUAAAAGAUGAUAGGAAACACCAGCAGCAGAGGCGAGCAUUCGAAUGACACGUUUAAAAAUAAUUAGAUCUUUUUUAAGUAAAGCUGGAAAAAUAACUGGAGAACAAUAAAGAAUGAGUGGAAGAAUACAGCCAUCUAUGAAUCGCCAGAUUAAGGACUGGGGUGUGUGAUAUGAACGUAGACGACGAAUGUAAUAAACAAGUCUUUGAAUUUUUGUUAAAAGGGUUUCCAUAUGAAGAGAGAAAGAGAGAUUUGAGGAUAAAGUAACACCUAGGUACCGGAAAGAAGAUACCUCAUUGGGAAGAAUAUCCAAAGGUUCAGGAAUGGGAGAGGGUCGCAAUCGAAACACACACUGUACUGAUUUCUGAUUGUUGAGUAGGAGUCCAUUAUUCGAAGACCAUGCGGAGACGUGGUCUAAGCCAUCCAUUAAAGACUGUAGGUGAGUCAGGUUUUUGAGUGGGUGGCCUACGACCAUGUCAUCGGCAUACUUAACAUACAGAGCAACUGGGACAGCUAACUUUCGCAGAUAACACGAAUGCCGCCUCGUCGAAAACGUUUAAUAUGUCGAAAACCCUUCAGGAAUCCAAAAUGUGUGAAUUCACUUGGGGGCUAGAAUCCAGUCUCGCGUGACAGACUUUUUUUCUUACGCGCAAAACACUUGGACCUUUUAAGUACGAUGGCAGGGGGAGUGUUACUUUUGGAAACUGUUUUCUUCGGCAAGUCCGGUUCAGCGGAUGCACGGCAGGAGGAUAUUCCAAGCACUACUUUGGAAUUCUUUCUUGACAUCGUCCACCGUCUCAUCGCUGAUACAACAACCCUCCAAGCUAAACUGUUGUUUAACUGGUCUCGGUCCCUUGAUCAUUUUAUUUAACUGUUCAUAGAAUUCCUGUGGAAUGAAAAUUCCUUCCGACAAGUGCUAUGAGUUUUAGUUCAGCAAGCACCGUCUUGGCUUUACUUCCACUCUUAACUUUUCCAACUGACUGAUAGGUACGACGACGAUGGAACUAUUUCGCUAAAAGCAAAAGGAACAUCGCGAAAAAAACACGACAGUUAAACUUCCAACCAUUGCUAAAUUUGAAGUUACAUGCAUUAUCGUGGGUAUAUGUACAUUUAUAGGGUAGGGGGCGCUGACCAACCGUUCUUACGGAAUUCACUCGUUCCGUUGUGCCUUACGGGCUCUCUCUAGAGCCCAACCAGUAGCCGCACAGCGGCGCAUGAUAUAGGCAGUAUGUUACUACCGCCAAAGACAAGGGACUGCAGGCAACGGACCAACUUGUAAUGACUGGGAUAACCAGAAUGGCAUUACCGACAAAGACAAGGGAGACUGGUUCUGGCUUGUUAACCGUCGUCACCCAGUCAUACCCAACCCCGAAGUGUGGAACACUUGAGGCUCGAACUCGCGACAUGUUACAUAUAAUGGUGGUGGGACGCCCACCAAUCGUUCUAACGGAACUCACUCGAUCCGUUGUGCCCUAAGGGCUCUCUCACGAGCCCAACCAGCAUUGGCAAAGUGGCGGAUGAUAUAGUCAGAACGGAAUGAGUGAGUUCCUUAAGAAUGAUCGGUGAAUACCCCUCCACCAUUGUAUAUUCCCGAUCAAAACCGACAGGACAAUGAGCCCGUAGCUCAGUGGUUAAAGGCAUUAGAAUUCUAACUAACAGAUCGCAAGCUCGAGCCUAGGGUGUUCCACACUUCGGGGUUUGGUAUGACUGGCUGACGACGGCUAAUAAGCUAGAAAUAGCCACUCCAGUCUUCCUUGUCUUUGUCGGUAGUGACAUUCUGCAUAUAUGUAUAUACAGUGAGUGACCGAUCUCAUGAAAUUUUGACUGAAAUUCUGAAAUGCUUUCUCCAUCAGGAAGGAUUACUUAGGCGCGUCUGUAAUACUGAUUAUCUUGCAGCAUAAUUCUAUAAUAUUUCAGACUCGGUAGGAUGUCAGCUUGUGAAUACACUGCUUUUCAAUCUCUUGUAGAAACCGUACUCGGUAAAAAAUGACUACUUAAUUAGCAUACACUUUUUGCAUUGAUUUUCGAUGAUCUUGCGGAUUCAAAUAUAUUUUAUAGAGAAACCACAAACAAAAUAUGCUUUCUUUAAUUCUUUUAAUAGAAGAUUAGAUAAUUUUUAAAUUUUAUACUCGGAGAAGGAGUAUAAUUAGGUUUUAGAAAGUUUUCUAAUUCCCGAAUAAUUUUAAACCUGGUCAGUCGUUGCAUUAUUGCCUAAUGAUUUCAGUCUACAAGGUGCACGCGUUCUGCAUAAAGAAAAUCACAUAUUCUUUUAUGCCGUUAAAAAGAUACCAAUAUACAGUCCAUAAAAUUUCGCAAUGGAUGCGAACCAUGUUGUCAAUUUCACGAGGAGCAGUGGUAAACGGACAGGUUCGAUACCGUAUGAAUGGAAAUUGCACGGUCUUAAAAAAUUUCUUAAUCAGAAACUUUUUUAAACCUUAUAAUACUCCUUCUCCGAGUAUCAAAUUUAAAGAUUAUCUUAUUCUCUAUCAAACGAAUGAAAGAAAGCAUAUUUUGUUUGUGGUUUCUCUAUAAAAUAUAUUUGAAUCUGCAAGAUCAUAGAAAAUCAAUGGGAAAAGUGCAUGCCAAUUAAGUAGUCAUUUUUUACCGAGUACGGUUUCUACAAGAAAUUAAAAAGCAGUGUAUUCGCAAGCUGACAUCCUACCGAGUCUGAAACACUAUAGGAUUAUGCCGCGAGAUAAUCAAUAAUACAGCCGCGCCUAAGUAUUCCUUCCUGAUCGAAAACGCAUUUCAGAUUUUCAGCCAACAUUUCAUGAGAUCGGUCACUCACUGUAUAUACAUCUAUAUCAAGUGAACAAUUUCAGAAAUUUCCCAAUGUAGGACGUGGGGUUAAGUCUCCGGGACAUGACUUUUUAGGGUCAGAACCGAAAUUUCAAUGAACAUUUGAUUCGAAGACAAUCGACUGGUAUGGAAUAACCACGUAAGGCUUAUUCCCAAAAAGGACAAAUGAACAUUUCCCCGGAUGGCUCGGUCACCUCGACUGUCACCCUGGUUUGCCUUGUGUGGCAGCCGUCAUCUAACAGACGUUUAAAAGACCUUCUGACUGGUGUGGUUCAGCUGUUGCAAGCAACGACGUCCGCCCUGUGCCCCGCAGCGCGGUGGUCGUAGGACUAUGACCUGCACGUGAAUCAGUUUAUAGUGAGGUGGGCUUGCGCAGCAUCUAUUGCACUCUCUCCUCCUAACUCACCUAGCCCCAUUAGCAUGACCGAGUCAAGACGAACGGAGGUGGCGUCAGUAGCUGCGGCUAACAAGACUUAACACCCCGUCUACGCGAGCCGCACACAACCUGGACCUCGCGCAAUAGUUUGGGUUUUCACAGAACAAGAAAUGAACGACUCGGAUAUCACAAUCGUUAGAAUGUCAUACUAGCCAUUGAGUUUGACUUCCGCCCUUGAGCCAGCCAGAGGCCUUUUAACUGGCGCGCAGGGCACGGAAGAAACCAACCGAAGCCGCUUUGACAGCGCAGGCGGUCGCUACGCACCAGUAACGAGUUCUAUGCUCUGCAUUCAUUCUUAGCCUGCUUCUUCGGAGACCGGAAUCAACGCCCUGUGCAUCAUCAUGUGUGACGACUUGCGCCCGAUCACUCCCAGCUCCCCCUAACAACCCAAACGUAACCAUUCGGACCUCACGGGAAUUAGAACUCCGCUCCCUCCCUCUCUCCUGAGCCACCCUGUCGUGUGAACAAACACGACAGUGUUCCCCCUCUCCCCUACUGCACCCAUAGUUUUCCCAUCCCCCACCAGUGCAAAACUCCACCACGCAGAGGGGAGGAGAGAUGACAGAGAAUACUGUUUCGGGCUCAUUCCGCCUCCCUCCAGCCAGUCGUAAUCCUGACAAUCAGCCGGAGCCAGAAACACAAACACAAUCAGUCGGUUGCCCGCUCGUGACCUUUGCCACCCAUACGGAGUCUGUCUGUUUCGCAAAGCCAAUAGAUCGGUGCACGCCCAUUGCUGUUUGAAUAAGUGCCCGAUCUGUAGCGACAGAGAAUGACAGGUGGCGAGGCAGUGAUGAACUUCGCUUCCAUGAAGUGCUGAUGACUUAUCUGGUAGAGCCUAAUGGUAGACCACAUGGGUGAUAAGUACUUCGUCGAAGUCCUUGAAUUCCUGGUGGGAAAGUGAACUGCCAGUGAGGAUCUCCGAAGUCUAGGUGGUGGGUACGCGCGCGGCGUAGCCAACUUGAAACGUUGGGUUUCUCUGACAGAGGAGCCUAAGAAGAAGUUCUUUCCUCCUGGAAGUGAUCACUUUCGACAUUUUUGUGGUCAGUCUUUCAAAUGCGCCUGAGUGGAUUUAUCGGGACACUCAUUUUCCUUUAAGAAGUACCGUCUGCGGUCAAGGUAAACUUCUUGGGUUUCCGCGGUGAUAUAGCCAGUCGAGUUGGGUUUUUGGCUCAAGAGUGCAUAACUGCGUAAAUCGGUAUGAUGUUAAGAAAUGUAAAAAUGAAAACGAUUCAUCCAUUUCGGCUUGUAGGGUGAACCGGAUGGCCGGGUGUAUGCAAAGAUAUGAUCAAAAGUCUUUCACAGAAGAAAGUUUCAAAUGCCGAUUUUUCAAAUCCCCCAUAAAUAGUCUACGGCCGCUGGGCUCAGGGAUGAUCCUGUAGUUACGCCUUCUAGAGCAACAGACGUCGUUGUCGAUGAUGAUGAUGAUGAUGAUGAUGAUGAUGAUGAUGACGACGACGACGACGACGACGACGACGACGACGACGACGACGACGACGGCGAUGACGAUGAUGAUGAUGGUGAUGAUGGUGAUGAUGAUGAUGAUGAUGAUGAUGAUGAUGAGGAGGAGGAGGAGGAGGAGGAGGAGGAGGAGGAGGAGGACAGUGCAGCGAAAUGUGGAAGCUCUAAAUUUCCAUUUUUCGCAUGUAACCACAGCUGUCGUAGUCUCGUAUUGCUGACAGUCAUUAGACAGUGGGACACAAGUGUUAGAGGCCUCUAUAAGUUUAGACGCCACAGUCUUCACCGUCGUAAAGAAAUUCUAAGUUUCCUACUGCACAAAGCUCUUUAUCUUAAUACAAAGGAGACUGGUCUUUCAAUUAUGCCUAUUGUUUGAGUCCAGCUCUUCAGGCGCCAGCUCUUAACUCGCUUUAUUUUGCUACAAUCUAUUAAUAUGAGGAUUUUUGCGGAUGUUGGUCGUCCUAAGCCAGGCAGAAUUAUCACGGUGAAAUAAGAUGAUAAUGUUUGUUAGCAACUGCGACAGCACUAUCUCUUCCACUGCGACAGGUUACUCGAUAGGGCAUGGGAGUAAGAACGCCCUCCCCCCCGCACUGCAGGUGGCCAUGUGCUAAAUUUCAGGAGGGUUGGGAUUAAUGCUAGUGUUGGGGUUAGGGUUCAGACUGGGGUUAGUAGAGUUAGGACUAGGGUCGAGGUUAGAAGGGUUGUUACUGAGGUUAGAGUUAAGGCUAGGACACAGGAGUAGGCAAUUCGGCCCCCAACCCCCAGAAUCUGUCCCAAAGCCACCUGCAAUGGGGGAUGCCUAUUCCCGUGUCCAGGUAUAAGUAACUUGACUGAAAUCAGUUGUGCCUGUUCUAUACACCUUGCAGCGGCAACGGUAGAGUGAAGGACCCUAAUUAGCUGUCGGUAUACUGCGGAUCGAGUCGUACGGGAAUGGUGGUAAUGGGGGAUGGGGCGUUGCAGGUGGGACAACACGCCGGACGGGAAGCUGACGGGAUGCAGGAAAACACAGAAGACGGUCGGUGGCAAAAACGAUACUCUCAAGUAAAAUGUUGAAUGUAUGCAGAAACGGUAUCCAGCUGGAUAUUCCAUGACAUUCCAUCUUGAAAGAGUGUCAGGCUAUCGAGCAACUCAGCCUAUCCACUGGCCGACAUUUCCGUUAUCUCUCACUUCCUGCUCAGCUGAUCUCCGUUUUCCGCUCUUGAGUACAGCUGCCAGUCAUAGGUACUUAACCGGAUUUCGCACUUACAUAUAUCAACACACGACAGCUAAUUGGGCUCCUUCACCCCACCUUCGCCCCUGCAGCUUCUCACGAACUUUUCAGCUGCUCGCCCUGUCUGAAUGUCUGCUUUUCACAUUCUCUCGAAUUGCCUUCUAACAUUCUCGUCUCAUGAUUGAAAAUUCAAUGUUUCUCACGGUUUUUGAUGCCAUUACCGCUAAAACUACCUUUUUCCUUGCCUAUGAUUUAAUAUCAUGAUAAAAAUGGUCUAUAUUAAAUGCUCCGGAUGCAAAUGUCACUUGAUUCUUGAUAAUUUUUAGAAAGGUUUAAAUUUUCUCCACCAAAAUUUUGACUUCUGCGACCAAAUUAGAAGGGGUACUCAGGAGUGUGAAGCUCCGAAUACACAUUCAACCUAAAUUGUGCACGUUUACAUUUCGGCAUCUCGCUGAGACCAUAUCCUUGACCAAGUACUGAGAGCUUCAUUGUUUUUCUAAUCUAUACUAGAGUCAUCGCGGCUUGAGACUGCAGAAUCCUAUUAAAAGAACCACUCUGAUUUGCCUAGGAAUCGAAUACCCUUCCAACGUGGCACGCCUUUUGGCUAGGACAAUUAGUCAAAAUUAUAGUCUCAAUUAUGGAAUCUGCGAUGUUUCAAAGCUCAUGUAGGGAGCGGGCUUUGCGAGUUAGGUUGCGCACUUUAAAUCAGUAAUUUUUGAAUUACCAUUAAUGAACUACUUAUGGUUACUCCCUUGGACUUCGAAAAUUACUUACUGCUUUCAGAGUUAUUCGAGUGGUCAAAAAAGGCGCUACCCGGAAUCAAUUGCCUUCGUACAUUUUCGUCUCAUGAUUGAAAAUGCAAUGUUUCUCACAGUUUUUGAUGCCAUUACCGUUAAAACUACCUUUUUCAUUGCCUAUGACUUAAUAUCAUGAUAAAAAUGGUCUAUAUUAAAUGCUCCGGAUUCAAAUGUCACUUUAUUCUUGAUAAUUUUUAGAAAGGUCUAAAUUGUCUCCACCGCGCGGUUUUAUGGUCUUCCGAAGGUACACAAAGCGAACAUACCUCUUAGACCCAUCGUCUCCCUACGUGGUAUUCCUACUUACGGUUUGGCAAAAUGGAUGUUUGCUCGUCUUAAGUUCCUGGCAGAAGGAUCGCACACAACAGUGGCCUCUGCUAAUCAGUUCCUUGAACGUUUAAAACAUCUGAAACUAGAGCCAGAUGAAUCCAUGUUAUCGUUUGAUGUCGUUUCACUCUUUACUUCCAUUCCACAACAACUAGCGAUUGACGUUGUGAGACAACUCCUGGCUGAUGGCUACAACGAGAGAGACAAUCCCCUGAAGACUGAACAUCUCAUGGAGCUCUUACGCUAUUGCCUAAAAACAUAUUUCACCUUUGGUGGACAAAUGUAUGAACAAAUCAAAGGCACCCCUAUGGGCUUCCCCAUGUCAGGGCUGAUUGCUGAAGUGGUUCUUCAACAGAUAGAACACUUGGUGUUCACCAAGUAUCAACCAAAGUUCUGGGCUCGUUACGUCGAUGACACCUUCGCCAUCGUCAAAUCAGCUGACGUGGAGCACCUUAAAGAAUUACUGAACUCGGUUGACCAGAAUAUCCAAUUCACGAUGGAGGCCGAAACAAACAAUCAACUUCCCUUCCUCGAUGUCCUUGUGCGUCGGAGUGCAACUGGACAAUUACAAACUACCGUUUUCAGAAAAGCCGCCAACACAAGACAAAUACAGCACUUCAACAGCAAGCACCCCCUCUCUCACAAACGCAACUGUGUCCGUACUCUGUUCCAACGAGUUGAACCACACUGCAGCACACCAGCCGACAAAAGAGUUGAACGACAAUACCUACAUGAUCUCUUUCGAACCAAUGGAUACCCAAGCCACUUCAUCAAGCACAGCAAGCGCCGAGUGAACAGAUUACGGCCACAAGAAGAAAAACCCGAAGUCUGGAGGGCUAUUCCUUACGUUAAAGGAGUCUCCGAGGCGGUUUCAAAACUGCUACAACCCGCCAGGGUAGGUAUUGCCCAUCGACCCCAGGCAACAAUUUGUCGCCGUUUGAUGCAACCCAAAGACAUACUGCCACCCAUUGAAACCUCAGCACUUGUCUAUCAAAUACGUUGUAAGGAUGGAGACUGCAACUACGUUGGGGAAACCGGACGAAAAUUGCAGACCCCCCUACAUGAGCACAAACUGGCAACACGGAGACUAGACCCAAACUCACAGCUUGCGGCUCACAUCGGGGAAACUGGUCAUAGUUUUGGUUUUCAAGGAGCAGCCGUCUUAGGCAGGGGCACCUCAAGGACUGAGCGUCUCACACUUGAGGCUUGGUACUCAGAUGUCAACUCCAUCAACAGGCAUCUAGACCUUCCUUCGACCUAUAAAGUCCUACGUCACUACAUACACCGUGACGAAGACAAGACAAUCGUACGGAGCCUAAGAAUGCCGAGCAAACACGGCCUGUCGACCACUUCACCCAAAAGGGGAACGCAAACGCAACCAACCCCAAUUGAGGUGACGACACGUAAUACAGGAGGCCACCAACGCUCAAAGGCGACGGGCAGUAGGCCAAGGCAGCGAAAGAAGAAAAAAAUCGAUCAGCCCAAGGCCAACUAA